UUAAAUUUAGGAAAAGGAUUGUCACACACUCUGCAUCAAACAAGUGCCGGGUGUUCGGAAUUCACAAAAUACCAUCAAAAGUAAACCUUUGUGAACACAACUCACUAUUAACAAGGGCGUCUGCUCUUGUUCGAAACAAAAGAAAGAUGUCACAACCAAGAGAAGACUUGAAAGAAAUAAAACGGAUUAAAAUACAUGACUUAAGAUCUAGAGAUAAAAAUAAAACAAACGAAGAACCCCAAACAGAUAAUGAGAAUCAAAAAAUGAUAGAGCUGGCUUUAACUGGAAAACAAACUAAUAACAAACUAAAUACAAACUCUACUGACUGGUCAGAAGACCUGGAACAAAACUACCAUGAAGAAGAGAUACUUCAAGAAUUACUCAAUACUGAAAAAACCAUUGUAGACAACAAUGAAAACCCAGAAAAUUCUAUAGAAACAGAAGUAGAAGGUUCUGAAAAUUCUUUAGAAAAAAACUCAGGUGACAGGCAAAAUAGUUGCAUACAACAUUCAAAUGAAUUAGAAAUUGCAGUACAUAAGAUAAGUGAAAAAGGAAGAACCAAACCUAACACUAAAAGUUAUAAUAAAAACCUCAAAUUAGAAAUCAUGCAAACUAAUGAAGACAAUCUUUACCUCAAUGAAAUAAACAUAAAUACAAAUAUUGAAUUCUAUUCAAAUAUUCAAAAAGAUAAAAGAAGAGAAAAUGAAACUCAAGAAGACAGAACAAGUGAAGAUAAAAAUCAAGAAGAUGAAUAUUAUACACAAAGGCGUAGUAGCUCGAUUACUAAAUAUGCACAUCAUGAAUAG